UGGUGGAUAAGCUAGACAAUAUGAAGAAAAACUCCCUUGGUAAUGGGACGACUCAGUGUAUCCUCUGUGGGGAUGAGUUCGGUCUCUUAGGAGCUUCACCUAUGACCUGCUACGAUUGCUACAAGGCUGUAUGUUCCAAAUGUGGUGUAGACACAACCAACAGCAUUAAACAGCCCAUCAUGCUUUGCAAAAUAUGUAGUGAGACGAGAGAGUUAUGGAAGCGAUCGGGAGCUUGGUUCUUCAAAGCUCUACCAAAGUACACAGUCCCUGAGAAGAAAUCUGACAUGCAUCAUAGAUACCCUGGUAGCUUUAGAAGAAACGAAGCCACGCCCAUCAGGAGAAGACGAGCUGACAGCGAGAGCUCAGACGCUUCUAGUUCUGAUGAUGACGUCAGUCUAGGUCGUAAGAGGAGAACCAAACGAGAUGGAGAUCAAGACGACACAAGCAUAUCCAGUAGCGGACUGAGCAGCGCGAACCUUCUAGGAGGGGGAUCGAAGGGCGAUUACCCCGGUACCAUCUAUUCAUCCAAUCACAUGGCUGGUAGCCGGACGAGUAUCGGCAGCGGGGGAUGGUACGGAAGUGCAAACGAUAGCAGCGUGGGUGACGGCGGACAUGAUGAUUCGGACAGUGAGAGAAGUACCCCCGGAGCUACUCUUGGAAAGGACAAGCUUUCUCGUACCAGCUCCACCCGCUCCACCGGUGGAGGCUCCUCCACCCCCUACCAGACCUCCACCUCCCGAGGCUCCAGGUACGACAGCAACCCAAGGCAAUCCCUUGGUGACGCCGAUGAUUACAUGGACCGCGCCUUUAGCCAGUAUGGAGGGGUGGCAGCCGGUGAUGGGGACAAUGGUUAUGCCGGUGGUGGAGGUGCAGGGGGACAGUAUGCCGGUCACUAUGGGGGCUCUGGCGGUGGAGGGUACGGUAACGGUGGUAAGGGGGGCUUGCAGGUGGCUGGUGGCAUUAUGAUGAGCGGUGGUGGUGGUGGUGGUAGCGGCAGCGAGGGGAACGGUUACGACCCUCAGGAGUAUGUCGGGGAUGCUAUGGAUAGCUCACCUGAUGAAGGAAGUUCUCUUGGAACCCUUGAGUUCUCUGUUCUUUAUGAUGGUAUUAACAAUGCACUCCAUUGCACCGUCACCAAGGCUCGUGGUCUCAAAGCCAUGGAUUCUAAUGGCCUAUCAGAUCCUUACGUCAAGUUACAUUUGUUGCCUGGAGCAACCAAGUCUACAAAGUUACGUACAAAGACUGUUGCCAAAACCCUGAAUCCAGACUUCAACGAGACACUAACCUACUACGGGGUCACCGAGGAUGACCUCUCAAGAAAAAUCCUUAGGUUAUCAGUAUUGGACGAAGAUAGAUUUGGCCACAAUGAUUUUAUCGGAGAAUACAGGCUACCGCUUAGAAAGCUCACACCAUACCAAACCAAGUCACUCAGCGUUUAUCUUGAAAAACCUCUUCCAUUGGAGAAGGAUGAUGAAUUAGCUGGAGAGCGUGGUAAGCUGAUGGUUGGUCUGAAAUACGUCAGCACUAGACAGACUCUUGUAGUCAGCAUUAUCAGAGGGGCGGGGCUAGCUGCCAUGGACUCAAAUGGUUACUCAGAUCCUUAUGUCAAAGUAUACCUGAAACCAGAUGCAGGGAAAAGAACAAAACACAAGACGGCAGUCAAGAAGAGGACACUCAAUCCUGAAUUCAACGAGGAAUUCUACUAUGAAGUGAAGCACAAUGAAUUAGCUAAGAAGACACUAGAGAUCACUGUUUGGGAUAAAGACAUUGCCAAGGCUAAUGAUUACAUAGGUGGCGUACAGCUUGGAAUCAACAGUAAGGGCGAGCGUCUACGACAUUGGUUUGAGACUCUUAAAGGAAUCGACAAGAAAUACGAGAGAUGGCACACUCUUUCUGAUGAGAUUUUCGGAGAGGAAUAAGAUAUCUGAAUUAUUUACUAGAUAAAUGUAUGUUUGUAUUGAAGUAUGUAGAUGUAGUUUGAGGUAAAAUUUUGAUGUAGUAUAUUACAGGUGAAAUGAUAGUCAAUGUUACUGAUGUGUAGAUAGGAUCAUGCACAAACAAGCAAAAGUGAACAUUCUUAUUUCCAAACAAAAUGUACAUUCUUAUUAUUCAGAUGAAAAUCUGUUCCCAAAGACUUUUCAAAGCAUGCAUUUUGUUUUUUCUUGGUAAAGUAUUUUGUAGAAACUUUAUGCAAUAUGUUUUUUUCUCUGUGGAUAUAUGUGGUAUUUAUCGAGAUUAUUUUAUUUGAGUCUAAACUGAUAUAAAUCUUCAUUCACACAGGAAUAUAGACAAUUAAAAUCAAAAUUAAUUUUGCCAACUGGAUAUUGGAUAAUUGGACUACUUCAAUUUAUAAGUUUAUUUGACAAGAGUAAUUCUACAUUUUGAUUGAUUUUUUAAAGUCUCAUUCUAUUCUGUAUUUAGAUUUUUUUUUCAAGUUGGUUAAGUUACUAGUAAGGUAUGAGUGAUAGAAGUAAGUUGCUAGUUGGGUGCACAAAGGCUGUUGAUGUUGAUGGCAACACAUCCAGGCAUAUGUAAUGGGCUCAUGUGGCAUGUGCCCCAGGCACCAAUGGGAGAGGUUGCAAAAUAGAGAUGGAAUCGAUAAACUUUUGAACUUUAAUCUCCUGAAAGUGCAAAAUAUCAACACUUGUGCAAGAGCCAGAAGUUGUAAGGGGCAUGAUUCAAGGCACAUGACUUUUCAAUAUGCAGUUUUCCUGAAAUAGACCAUUUGCAGCAUCCUCAUUCACUUUGCAUUUUUUAAAAAUAAUUCUACAUUUUGAUUUUCACAAAAUCAUCGCUUGCCAUUCCUUCAUAUUAGAUUUUUUAAGAUAGUGAAUGUUUUGAUUAUAUUCCCAACAUUUAAACAAAUUGUAUUUCAAUAAUAUUUUAUUCAAAACGCUUUAGGUUUUCUAUUGCAGUGUUCUUUUACCUCAUAGUGAAGUGUUGGCUUUUUAAAAAUAUUUAAGAAAAUGUCCAUGUGUUGAUGUACAUUUAUUGCAAUUGAGUUCUAAUAUAAAGUCAAAUAGUGAUUCAUUUAUCAAUAUUUAGAAAAUCUUUGUGAAGAAAUAUUUUUUAAUGUCUUCAUCAAAUUGUGAUAAGGCAAUGUUUAUGGAAGGGAUUGGAUUGGACAGAAGGUUAUUUUUUCAGUGAAUUGAUGUGGGAUAGAUUGAAGCGGUUUUCAACUAGAAUUUUUGAAUUACUUGUCCCUUUUUUUUUUUAACGAUACUGUACUACUGGUACAUGAUCCAUAUGGCACCUUAAUAUAAAAAUUCACAGCUGUCUUCAAAAAGGAAUCCUGUGAUAAAAUUUUCACAUUAAAAAAAAAAAUUAUUCAGAAUUCCCCACUGUUUGCCUGAGUAAUGCAAGGAUAGACGAUGAAAAGAUAUAUUUCUGGCUUAUAGAUAGGGUACCUUAUCAGAUGGAAUUAAAUAGAAUAAUUGGUUUGUUAGGCAAGGCUUACAAUUGCAUCUGCAAUCAAUGUGGGUCAAAUUUAUUUUUGAAUAAUUUGAUUUGUGUAUAAAAUAUUUCUUUUUCUGAAAUAGGGGCAGAAGCAGCGAAGUGAUUGUAUUGUUUUUAAUCUGUUGGAGAAGCCUUUGCAACCUUUUGAGGUUUCUUCUGCUACAUGUAUAUGUGUAAUAGGUAUAGAUAUGUAGAUAACUUUAUACGGUAUCUUCUUUUAAUACUUUAAUCAACAAUGGAAUGUAUUAAUUUGAAGAUCACAUGGCUUAGAAAGGGUGGUCACACUUCACAGAAAAAAGGGGAAAAGAUGACAAUGGAGUGUCUAUUUGACAAUGUUUUCAUGUAGAGUAGAUUAGAAAAUUCUACUAUAAAUGUUUGAGCCUAUAAAACAAUUUUUUUUCAUCCCCCAGAACAUGUGGGUUAAUUUCCAAUUCGUCCAAUUGCCAACUCAUCUACUAUCAUUUGGUCUAUCGUCAGUUCGUUCACUCACCACCUGGUCUACUUUCAUCUAGUCUAAUGCCAUUCCGUCUAAUAACCAGUUGGUCCAAUAGCCAUGUUAGUCCAUUUUCCACUUGGUCUAAUUGUGUUAAAUUGUGCAAAAUGAAUGAAAAUGAAAUGGAUAUCAGACCAACUGGUUAUUAGACAAAAUGGUAAUAGACGAAAUGGUGAUUGGACGUAGUGAUAAUUGGACCAAGUUGUUAAUGGACCAAAUGGUUGUUAGACGAAAUGUUGAUGGACGGAAUGGCAUAAGACUAAAUGAAAGUAGACCAUGUGGUGAGUGGACGAGUGGGCAGUUAGACGAAUUGGCAAUUUACCAACCUGUAGGUGUAUAUGUAGAAUAGAAAUGAAAAUAGAAACAGAAAUAAUCUUCUUGUGUUAAUGGCUAAUAUGAAAUAGGGAAUUUACCAUCAUGUAGAUUUUCAUCUUCCAAUUUGUGAAAUGUCUUUUUUUUAUGUUGAUAAUUUUGAUAAUUUUAUAUUACAUGUACUUUAUUAAUACUAAGCUGUCAUAAAUACAAAAUUAGAUAAACAAAACUAAGAAAGAUCAAGACCCAUAACUUACUAAUAACCUUCAUUGAGUAGCAGUACAAGUAGUAUUUUAAGCUAAAACAAUAAAAAAUACAGUGCUAAAACCUUUACCCUGGAAUAUAUAAUAAUGUGAAUGUAGUAUGUCAACCAGUAUGCACAUAAAGCUGUUGGCAACCCCGAAGGCAUUUUCUGAAUUUUUAUUUAUGUUAAAGUUUGUAACCAAAUCACAAAGAGUUAUAGACAGUAGAUGUAUAUGUAGAAUGUCAAAGUUUUUUGUUAAGGUAAAACAUAGACGUCUUUAAUGAAAUGUGCAAUUACAACUGUAGAUGUAAUUUUGCUGUAGAAGAUGAAUGGCUUUGUUAAUUGUUAUAAAUCUGGUUAAUUUGACCUUUUAAUGAAAUGUACAUAUUGUAAAUAUAUAUCUUAAAUUCAUAAGUAUGAGGUCAUAGGAUACAUGAAUUGCCAAAGCAUUUUAUUCUUAAAUACAGAUCACAAUGUAAAAAUAUACAUACACAUGUAAAUAUUGAAUUUUUCCAUAGUGCAUCACUGGCGUACAGAUGAUGGGUCGGGGGGGGGGGGGGGGGCUCUUGCCCCCUCAAAUUUUUCACGACCAAGAAAAAAGGAGAAAAGGAAAGGGAUACACAUGAUAUAUAUAUUUUUCUGAAUAUUGUGUCAAAAUCUAUCACAAACAUUGGAUUUGUGUAAUAAAAAUGUCAAAAUUUUGGCUCGCUCACUUCACUUGCUUCCAUCUUUUUAAAAUAUUACGCGAUACACCAGAUCGAGCCCCCUCAAAAUUGUUGGCUCAUUACGCCACUGUGGUGAAUGAAUUAAUUUGGCAAGUUGAUUCAGAAUGAAUAUUCAUUCAACAUCUGGGUGGAGAGUGGUAAAACGUAGAUUAGUCAUGCUUUCAGACAUCACUGCAUCAACAGGAAUCAAGAAAACACGCAUUAUGACCUAGUGCCAUCUGCAAAUAAGCACUGACAUUAUUAUCACUUCUCCAAAGUGAAGCAUGACCUGUUACCUAUGGGAUCUGUGUGGUCUGUGUACCAACCUUAUGGGAAUUGAAUUAUUCAUUAUUCAAUUAUUCCAAUACUUUAUCAUGGCUGAAAACAGAAGUGAUUCAUCCAGAUCAUGUUUUGUUUUUGUUCUGUGUUGGCAGAAAAAGGCGUGAAAGCUGUCCUUCCGGUCAGGCUUUUGCAGGAUUUUAUCAUGCACAUAGGCAUUCCAUUUUCAGAAAAACUAUGAUGGAUAGAAUAAUUUAUUGAAAAUUGAAGUAGGAUGUUGAUAGGAGUAGAAACUAGAUUGUUAUGGAGGUAAAUGCUGUAUGUAAUUUCAAUUCUCAGCUGUAGACAAAUUGAUCUUAUCAGAAUACAUUUGUGGCAGAUAAACAUUAAUGCUCAGACUUCAUGCUGUCCAAGGCCAUAUCAUAGACUAGUUUUUUUUUUCCUUUUAUACUCUACAUUCUCCACAUUUCCAUGGAUAAUUAUUCAAAAAUUCACCUAGCACUUCACAUCUGUGUAGGCUGAUAUUAAUUCAUAUGACUUGCCAAAUAUGUAUAAAGUUAUUUUCAUGUUCUAAUAACAAACAAUUGGACAUGUAUACUGAUUACAUUCCACGGAUAAGUAGUCAAAUGUAUAUUGCUACUUGCACAUGUAUGUUACCAUGCAUUUCUGUAAAUGUCCUGGCCUUUAUUGACACAUGUAGAUGGUAUUUCACUUGUUGAAGACAGAUCGUUCUAUUUAUUGAAAAUUACUUAAUAUAUUCCACAAAGUUCAACUAGUUUUGAAAGUAUCAGUAUGUAUAGUACCUAUCAUGCAUUAGUUGUGUACCAUAUAGUAUUAUGGUAUACUAAAUGUGGAUGUUCAUAAUCAUUUUAUGUGCCUUGAAAAGCUGUACAAACACUAGACAUCCUUCUAAAUGUUGCCAUAUUACAUUAUGUAUCUUUGGUGUACAACAUUAUAUUCUAUUCAAAGAAGAAAACUUGUUUAUGAUAUAUGUAUAACAUAACUCUAUAUGGUAGAAUUUAUAGUUAGAAAUGGAAAAAUAUAUAGCUGUGCUAUUGUUGGCAAUUUUGUGCUCCAAUAUUUAUAAUAAAAAAACUUCUGGACUAAGAUGUA